AUGUCUCUCCCAACCCGUCAACUUGGUGGUCACAAGGCCGCGAUCAACAACCCGAACGUGUCCGAGGAGGCCAAGGAGCACUCGCGCCAGAUGAUAGAGGAGCUCGAACACGAUCCCGAGCUCUCGGCGACGCGCGAGGGCUACGAGGACGACAAGGAUGACACGCGCGUCGACGCCGGGCACAAGGCUACGUUGAAGAACCCGAACGUGAGCGAAGAGGCAAAAGAGCGUUCGCGGCAGUUCUUGCAGGAGCGCGACGCGCUCGACGAGGAUAAUUGA